CCUCUCUCCCUUCUGUUUAUCUACUUUUCCUUCCUUCCUUCCUGUCUCUCUUCCCUCCUUCCGUCCACCUCCCUCCCUCCUUCCCCCCCUUCCUUCUGCCCCCUGCCUGCCUGCCUGCCUGCCUCCUUUCCCUCCUGCUUGUCUGCUUUUCUUUCCCUCCCUCCCUCCCUCCUUCCUUCCUUCCUUCUCUUUCUCUCUCUCUCUGCCCUUUUCCAGCCCUCCGGAGCCCUUGCCCGCCCGCCGCCGGUUCCUCUUUCGCGGAGCCUUGACCGGUCCUCCGCCUCCUGCUGAUUUCCUGCCCCCGGUCCUCUCUUCCCCUCCUUCCUUCCAGAGCCGAGCCAGCCGGCGGGACGUUGCCGAGGCCUCUGGCGGAAACUCCGGAGCGGAUCGCGGGGAGUGACUCCAAACGGAUCAUGGAAACGCCCAGCGCGGCUUCCCGGGGUCUUUGGAUCUCUCUCCUGGCACCUUUGCUGCUUUCCAGCUGCGCAGUUGUUACAGGACAGAACGUAGAGGUAAUCCAACUUCCGGAAACCGUAUCGGUGAAAGCUGGAGAGGACCUCACUCUAAGAUGUACAUUGACUGGAGGAAAUAUACCCGGAGGCGUACGGUGGUACAAAGGGCUGGACAGAAACCAGGCCCCCAUUUACAGCGAUAAACAAGGAUCUUCCAACAGGGGGGUCAGGGUCAUCCCAGGAUCCAACACGGACUUCAGCAUCAACAUCCGAAACGUCCGUCCUGAAGAUGCCGGGACCUACUAUUGUGUGAAGUUCAGGGCAGGGAACCCAGAGAGAGAGCUGGCUUCGGGGAAAGGCACUCUGGUCUCCGUGAUCGCCAUGCCAUCCCAGCCCGUGGUUCUUGGCCCCACAAGAAGAAUCACGGCGGGGUCUCGGGCCUCCUUCAGCUGCUCCACAGGGGGAUUUUCCCAAGAGAUCACGGUCAGCUGGUUGAAAAAUGGGAAAAAAAUAUCAGAUGGACAGACCAACAUCCUGAAUUCUGAUGAAAAGCAGAGCAUCUCGUACCGAGCGGAGAACACGGUGGAAAUCCUGCUGGAGCGAGGAGACGUGAAGUCUCAGCUGACCUGCCAGAUCCAACACAGAUCGUUGGAGGGUCGUGGUCCUCUCCAGCAGACCUUCGCACUUGGGGAUGUCCUAAGAGUUCCUCCCAAGGUGCGUCUUGAAAUCACCCCACCUUCUCCUGUCCAGCUGAACGCCUCAGUGACGGUCACUUGCAACGCAGAAAGCUUUUAUCCAGAGGACGCAAAAGUGGAGUUGUUUUCCAAGGAUGCCCAAGCCAGAAAAGGAAAGCUUGGCGUGAAGACCUCGAAUCCAGACGGGACUUUUUCCCUCAAGAGCAACCUAGAGAUGAUGGCCAACGAAGACAAGAACUCCUCCAUGUUCCUUUGCCAGGUCCAGCAUGAUUCCCAGCCUCUGGUCAACGAAACUGCUACACUCUUGAUCAGGAUGCAAUUUGACAACAGAAAUCCGGACGACGAUCCAAGAAACGAUAAAACAACCAUGAUUAUCAUUGCGGUCGUGGUGUGUUCCCUCCUGGUUGUGUUGGUGAUUGCGGUUAUCUACCUCAUCCAAGCAAGACACAGCAAAGGUAAAGACUCCACAUCUGUAAGGCUCCACGAAGCUGAGAAAUCUCCACCGCUGACGAAUCAGGACACCGAUCCCAACAACAUGGCCUAUGCAGAUCUAAACUUCGACAAGGUGGCCCAGAAGAGACCCUGUCCAGCGGUGGAAAGCCCCCUGCAAUCGGAAUACGCCACCCUCCAGGCGGUGCAACCCUUGCCCAACGACGACAACGUAACCUACGCGGACUUGGAUAUGGUCCAGCUGAACCAAGCGCCGAAGCGGCCGGCCCCGAGGGCCGAGGAAGCGAGUUCGGAGUACGCCAGCGUCCAGGUGCAGAAUAAGUGAUCUCCGGAAGAGGCGGCGGCCGCUUAGGGGGCUCGAAGGACCUCUGACCAGUGGGAUGGGGAAUCUUCUGCUAGGGCUUGGACUCUCGAUGUUGUGCUCCUCCCGGUCUCGGCGGAGGUUCCUUGGAAACUGUUUGGUGCUACUCACAGCUGCAUCCUGGGGUUUUUUUUGAGCUUCUUCCUUCCCUGCUCGCUGAGCGGACGGGAGACGUCACGACGGAUCUAACACGGCUUUUCUCACCGAGCACCUCCACUCUCUUCCUCAUACGUCGUCCACACGCCACCCAAGGACAAGCAGACCACGAGAGGCCUGUGGGUGCAGGCCGGUUGGUUGCCGUGUCUGGCUCUUUCCUGAUGGAAGCUCUUCUCGUUGGCCUUGGAGAUCACCAAGCUGCUGAGAUGCCACCUUGAGAUACCUGCUUCACGGAGCCAGGUUCCGUCAGUGGCCACAACUCACCUCCCCGUAAAACUGAAACCAACCUUCGGAUCAGGCACUCCUGUCCCCUUCCGAGGUCUUGGACUAGAUUUCAGGAGAAGGGGAGACGGAGAGGGACUACUUCCCAAGUGCUUCUGGGCAGAGGAAGUCUCAAUUUUUGGCCAAGAUGGCGUCUCUUUCACUUUGCUUUACUCUAACCCGCAGAUACUUCCUCGGUUUCUCCUUGAGGAGACGUGCCUCUUUAGCUUAGUUAGCUUCAGUCAGGCUUUUGCUGGCAAGGCCACAAUCCGUAGAAAACCUUCUCGAGUGUCCAUCUCCUCUCUUCUUCUUCUUCUUCUUCUUCUUCUUCUUCUUCUUCUUCUUCUUCUUCUUCUUCUUCUUCUUCUUCUUCUUCUUCUUCUUCUUCUUCUUCUUCUUCUUCCUCUUCCUCUUCCUCUUCCUCUUCCUCUUCUUCUUCUUCUUCCUCUUCUUCUUCUUCUUCUUCCUCCUCUUCUUUUAAAUCAACAUUUCUUCCCUUAAGGACUUCUCGUUUAGAGAGGGAGGCGACGGACCACGUGAAACAGCUUCUGUGGUCCACUUUUUGGGCCUUAGGAAAUUAGGAACCUCCACUGAAUAAUCGCUUGGGUUCCUGACUGACCCAUCCACGAUCUUCGUUACUGGCCUUCUUCUCCCAUAGUAAACUAAGAGUAACUCUUUAACGGUAAAGAUCUCUGUGUGUGUGUGUGUGCGUGUGUGUGUAUGUGUGUGUUUCUGAAUGGUGGCUCUCCCUUCUCUUUCCACCAUCCACGUGGAAAAGACAAGCCCGUCUCCAAGAAGAUAGGUCUACAGUGGGGGGGUCUCCAAACGUGGCCACGUUUAAGACCUGUGGACUUCAACUCCCAGAAUUCCCCCACCAUCUCGUGGUGUUAAGAUCUUAAAACUUCAUUUAAAAGGAGCAGGGAGAGAAAUUACAUUAUAGUUGAGGAUUUAGCCUUGACCAGAGAUUUAAACCAGGAUCAGACCUGUUUUAUUGUAUGAGGCCUUCAAGACCUGCAACCAGAGCGUGGCUGGCUGGGGAAUUCUGGGAGUUGAAGUCCACCAUGUCUUUAAAAGUGGCCACGUUUGGAGAACUCUUCCCGGUCUACAGCAUCGCACAACACGUCUUCUCUUGUAGCUCCACCGUAGACGUGCACUCAUGAAUUCGUCAGGUGGGAUGUCGAGAAGGACAACGGUUGACCUUGACAACGAGGCUGGGGGCUUUGGGAGGAUGGGGGGCUGUUGGUUGGAUGUCUUCUUGAUCUUCAGGAAACAUCUCCAGAUGAAGUGAGAGGAACAGGGGGCUCCAUGUGGCUCGAUCUCUAACGUCUUUGAAGAGGUCAACCCACCCCCUUAUUUUGUGGUUUCUUCUCAGAUGUGUGGAGCUGGUUUUUCUUUCCCCCAUCUUCUUUAUAAGUCGCUCAUUUUUAUUUUUAUUGUCCCAUUCUGGAAGUGCAGUUGAAUAAGAGUGAGGGAAGGAGAAGACAGUCCCUAAAACUGGAGGUCCGUUUGCCAAUCUUACGGGGUUAGGGGCGCCUCACGAGAUGCUGCUGUACUGCCUACGGUGACUGUUCCACAUUAUAACCGUGUACUCCUUUUACAACUUAAAAAAAAAAAAUUACCAAUAUUUGUGUACGUUCUUUGUAAGUGAGUGUAGUACUGUGUACUUAGCACUAGUGUGAAAAGAGAAUCCGGAAAAAUGAGGGAAAGGGCCUGAGCGCUGGGGAAGAGGUGGUCCAUUCAAAGGUUGGGCUUCCCAAUCGUGACGCCCCUCCAGAUGGUGAUGGGAGCUGUAGUCCCAACUUCUUGAGAAGUUGCCCAGCUGGGGGAAAGUUGCUCUGAACCUUCACAACCAACUUUCUGUGGCUCCUGCUACCAGUCACCAAAAUUCUUCUUGAUGGUUUUUCCAAGAUCCUCCUUGUUGUUGUGUUCCUCCUUACUAUAAUGUUUAGGGGCUAACUGGCAAUUUUGGUGGACAUGGAAGGAUGGAGAAGGGAUGUCUUCCGACACGCCUGUGUCCAUCUUGCAACCGAUGUCCAUCCUGAGGACCCAAGAAGAUCUCAAAAGGUCCCAGGAAGGCAUAUGGGUCACCUUGAGGGAUCUGGCAUUCCUUCCAAAGUCAGAAGAUCCUUCUCCCUCACCUUCCCCAUUGUCCUCUGCUGCUUUCGGCUAGCUCUCCAUCAAAUAUUUGAAGGCCAUCUUCAUCUUGGACAGCCUCUUUUCACCAUAGCUAAUUCAAGGUCACACUUCUGGAUUUGGGGGUCCAGAUACUGCUGAAAUCCCUGCUUUUUCUAAAACACCAUGGGAGAAGUCCUAUCUGUAUGAAGGAUCUAAAAGGGAAGCCGUCAAGCUAUCAAAUCCUCACAGACUUUCCUAGGUUGCAGAGACCAAGUUAGGUGAGAACUUAUGGCCCUCCAGACCUUGGCAGAACUACGACUCCCAGGAGGUCCCAUUCUCGCGUUGUGGUUCUACAACAUCUGAAGGCCUCAAUUUCUCCAUCCCUGUUUGGGAAGGACAAGGGUUGGCAUGUCCCUCAAAGCCAACGUAGAUGUUCCUUCUGGCAAGCGACCACUAUUGGAGCUUGGUUCUCCCACCUCCCCUUCUGAUCCGUCUCAUCCAGCUCAGCUCUGAAUUCUCACUCCCCCGUGCUGUGCCACAACUGGAGUGGGGGACAAAGCCAGUUGUGAUGCUUGUAGGCUCAUGAACACAACGGAGAAGGAGGUGGCCCUUUGUGGGUUGAGUCACGGCUGCCGUUUGGGGCUAACACACCAGCAUGGCGAAGAUCUCACACCCGCUGUUUGCCUUGCUUUAGUUAUAAGCGCUCCCAUAGUGACAACGAAUGUUCGGUCUUCUGCAAAGCAGGGAAUGGGGAAGUGAUUAGUGAUUGUGUAGAGCAAGAGAUGUCCAACUUGGGGACUUUAAGAUUUGUGGACUUCAGUUCCCAGAAUUCCCCAGCCAGCAUGGCUGGCUGGGGAAUUCUGGGAGCUGAAGUCCCCAAGUCUUAAAAGUAUGGCUGGCUGGGGAAUUCUGGGAGCUGAAGUCCCCAAGUCUUAAAAGUAUGGCUGGCUGGGGAAUUCUGGGAGCUGAAGUCCCCAAGUCUUAAAAGUAUGGCUGGCUGGGGAAUUCUGGGAGCUGAAGUCCAUAAGUCUUAAAAGUAUGGCUGGCUGGGGCAUUCUGGGAGCUGAAGUCCCCAAGUCUUAAAAGUAUGGCUGGCUGGGGAAUUCUGGGAGCUGAAGUCCCCAAGUCUUAAAAGUUGUCAAGGCUGGACAUCCCCGAUGUAGAGCAACCUUCAUCCACCUGCCUUGGACUUCAAUUCCCAGAAUUCCAGCCUCCACAGCUAAAGGAAUGAUGGGAAACGAAGUCAAAACAAUCCCAACUCAGAUUGUGAAAUAGCCUCAGUGCUUGGCCUCAGUUUUGCAGGAAGGAUAAAUGGAACUAAGGCCAGGGGAGGCGAGGGAGGGAGGGGGAGGGAGGCGUUAUUGGAGUCGUUGGGAUAUAUUUGUCGUGGAUCCGAAAAGUACGUGUUUGUAUGAAUUUGCACCUUAAUAUUUUUUUUUCCUGGUUUUGUUUUGUUUUGUUUUUCGCUUGCAAGAUAUUUUUGUAAUAAAAGGUUCUGCAUCAUC